AUGUUUUCCGUUCAGCUAUUUGGGCCACCAUUCCGCUUAUUCGGGACAGGAGUCACUGGCUGUUUUAAAGCCGAGAUGGAUAACGGGCGUUCGAAAUCAACAAUUUCGCGUGUUCUAAAGAGCGAGCAGAAAUUGAGAGGUGAAUGGGCAUUGCGAGAAAAUGCACAGGGAACAUCCCAUAAACGGAAGCGUGAAGGCAAGGAAGCGGAAGUUGAGGAUGCUCUCAAUCAGUGGUUCGCUAAAGUGACUACACAUGACGUAGCUGCACGAGGCGUGCAUAUCAGUGGGCCUAUUCUGAAAGCGAAGGCGGAGGAUUUAGCUAAAAAGUUGGGUCAUGACGAAUUUAAGGCAACAGAUGGAUGGUUGUCUAGAUGGAAAUCUAGGCAUGAAAUUAAGUUCAAGAAAGCACAUGGCGAAAAAGGCAGUGCUGAUGCUGACGGCGUUGAAAAGUGGAAGUCCAGUAAAUUACCCGAGUUGCUUAAGCAGUUUUGUGCAGAUGACAUUUACAAUGCCGAUGAAACUGGCCUGUAUUAUCGUGCAACACCUGACGGUUCACUGUGCUACAAACAUGAAACUCUAGUGGGUUCCAAGAAAGAAAUGGAUCGCAUAACUGUCUUAUGCUGUUCUAACAUGUCAGGAAGUGAUAAAAGGAAACUGUUAGUGAUAGGUCAAAGCGCUAAGCCUCGAUGCUUUAAGGGGCUUAGAAUGGAUGGAUUGCCAGUUCUGUACCAUGCAAACAAAAAUGCAUGGAUGACUUCUGAAAUUUUUUCGAAGUGGUUGUCAGAAUGGGAUGUGGAAUUGCAACGCAAGUCGAAAAAAAUUUUGUUGCUUCUUGAUAAUUGUGCAGCUCACCCUCACUUAGAUUCUUUGAAAAACAUUCAGUUGGAAUUUCUGCCUCCUAACACCACAUCCAUCCUGGAACCAAUGGAUAUGGGAAUCAUAAAAAAUUUGAAAACUUUGCAUCGAGGCAAAUUGGUGAGCUACAUUCUGGAAGCAAUCGAAGAAAAUCUGCUGCAAGAAAGUUCAACAGUUACGGAUGUUAGUGGGAAGAUUAACAUAUUGCAGGCAAUACAAUUUGUUGCUGACAGUUGGCGAGAAAUAAGCCAGAGCACUCUCCAAAACUGUUUUGCCCAUCACGGUUGGAAGAACUCUGAGCAGUCGGAGACAAGAACUGACAGCAACUAUGUUGAUGAAACGACUUUGCAGGUGCAAAGUGUGGAAAAUUAUGAGGAAUUUAUCAGCAUUGAUGACAACAUCGAGUGUUACAAUGAAAAUGAAGAUUGUGACGAUGUGAUCGUCGAGGAAAUUGCUGUGAAACGUGAAGAGACAACAGAUAACCAAGAAACUGACAAAGCCAAUGCGCAUGAAGAAAUUGAGCAAAUGACUCAUUGCGAUGCCAGGAAAUUUAUCGCUGGAUUGUGA